AUGUUGGGUCGCAAAGAGCCCGUGAGCGUUCUGCUGCAGGCUCAGGCGAACGUCUACCACGAGAAGAAGGAGGGUUGGAACUCGAUGCUAAUUGCUGCGGCCGCUGGGCGAAGCAUGAUCACGGGCUUUUGCCUUGAGGUGCAAGCAGAUGUCAAUCGUGUCAACAGCAAAGGCUAUGUCCCUCUGCACAUGGCAGCAUCAUACGGCUACCCUCAGGUGGUGCUCUUGCUGCUCCAGUACAAGGCAGAUAAGGACGUGAUGAGCCCCGCUGGCACGGCGUUGUCGCUUGCUUCAGAGCGCGGCCACCUCAAGGUGAUCCAAAUGCUGCUGCAGGCAAAUGCCACGGUGGAUCUGACGCGGCAGGAGGACGGCAAGACAGCCAUGCACUGUGCUGCAGGGAGGAAUCAAGUCCAUGCUGUGCAGCUCCUCUUGGAUGCCGCAGCCGACAUCGACCGGCCAUGCGCAGAAGGCUUUACUCCAAUUCACGUGGCUGCCACAAGGUGCUGUGUGGAGACCUGCCGCCUCCUGCAACUGCAACGGCCGGCAGCUCGCAAAGUCGCCAAAGGAUCCCGCUAG